AUGCGUCUCCACCUUGUUAUAUCGCGUCAUGGCCUACCGGCUACGCGCAUCCUCUGGACGACGACUUCGUCUACUUCCGUGUUAGGCGAAUAUGGUACACGGCGCGCGGCAUCGGCUGCCGCUGUCGCAUCUUCUCGCACCCCCAACAUCGCGUUUUCCAACGGCGGAUACACGGUCGCACAGCUGCUCGAGGAUGUCAAUGAGGUUGUCCCACUAGAGACAGAACCUAAUUUGUUUGAUGCAGAGUUCAGCGGUCAAUGGGGGUUGGAAGAUUAUGUUGUUGAGGUUGCUGGCUCGGAGUGUCUGCACUUUAUGGAGGUCGAAGGCCUUUUCCGCGAUGGAGAUGAAGUUGUUAUCCGCGCUCUUCAACUCGCAGACCUUCGGGCAAGACGUCUAUGUGGUCGUCAUCAAAUCGCAGCCGAUGGCAAGCAUCUCAUUGAUGGCGUGCCUUUCGGCUCACCCUUUUUGAAGAGAACCUCUUCUACACGACCUGCCAUUACUAUCCCCCCAAGGAAGAAGCGGCGUACCGUCUUUUCUGGGUGGGAUCACGUCCCAGAGAUCCAGAAUGAUGAGGCAAAUGCCGAUGAGGAAGAAGAUCGGGACUGGUUACCCCCCACUGACACCGGGUUUGGGAAAGAACUUUCCAUCAUGCCCGCCGAGCAUGAAGAGUCCAUGGGAACUGUGAUCCGUCACCCCAUUGAUCACUCCGUAGAGACAGACAGCGAAGCAGUGCUGUCCGAGCUUGAAGAAGAUGAAUUGGAGAGCGAGCUUCAGGCCUUGAAAGAAGACUUCGAAGAGCCUUCUCAAUUUGUUGAUAUCAGGAAUCAGACUCGCACUGCCAGUGGCAACCCGCUACGUGCUGCAUCCACAACCAAGCGACCAACUUCGUCUGAUAGCCUUCACAAGGGAUCAUUGCUCGCUCCUUCGUCUCUUUCCAGCAAGCGAUCCCGCGCAGAUGACUCGUCCCCGAGAACCUCGAAAGCGGUGAGGUUCAAUAAGGGUGAUGACAAGCUGCCCGGUAUCCCGCAACCUCAAGCUCCAGAAACUAUCGCUGUUUCAUCCGACUCUGAAUCAGCCAUGUCAUCAUCAUCGUCAGACAGUGAUUCCGACGAUUCGUCUUCGAGUGAGGAGGAAUUAUCCAAACCUGAUGCGCUACCUGAUGCGGAUUCAUCAUCGAGCUCAUCGGACUCAAGCUCGGACUCGGAAUCGGACUCGGAUUCAGAGUCAGACUCAGACGCAGAGGAGGAGGAAAAAGAAGAAGAAGUCCCUCCACCACCUGAAAAAGUUCAGCCACCAGCUGUAGCUGGCGCACCAUUCCAGGGAUCUAUGCGCACCAAGAAGAGCAACAAUCGCUUUAAGCUACGCCGUCGUCUGUCCAAGUUGAAGGAGAUGGGAGCUUUACACAAAGAUGCAAACUUCGAGGAGCUUCGGGAAUGGGAAGAAAACAAUGGUGGCUGGUACGUUCCGCAAUCUAGUGACGUGGCACCACCUACUCAAUAUCUCGAGAAGUCCACCAAGAAACAGAAAAAAGAAGAAGAGAAGAGAGAUUUCGAAGCCAAGCGCCAGAAGCUGCUUCGAGAUCUCGCGUCGGGCAAUGGAAUUAACGUGGAUGAGACUUCGGAAAAGGAAAAUAUCCCGCCGUACGCGCCAAGUCGUGCACCGGAUGUUGCAGCGCCCGUAGCCGUCACAGAGGAACCUGAAGAAGAGCCAGAGAAAGCAUCAAGCCGACGUACCCUUGAUAUUGCCAGCUCACGACGCAUGCUCUUUGGAUCCCUUGGAAUGCGAACUCCGAAAACCAAAAAAGAUGAAGAAGAAACGCGGAGAAAGCUUGCUGCCAAAUUCAGUGCAACCGGCAAGAAGCCAGCACCAGUGACCCAGGAGCAGGCUGAAGAGGUGGAAGUGGGUGAGGAUGAAUCCGAUGGUGAUUGGCAGAACAAGCUCGUUGUCCGUGCUGUCGAAUGUGUCUAUCCCGAAAUAGAGUUGACUUCUCCUCCUUAUCCGUUCGUCCAGCGCUGGGACCAGGAAGCCAAUGCGUUGAUCCGCCAGGCUAAAGGCACGAACAAGAAGCGCAAGAGAAAGCAGCGGGUUCAAGUCUACGACGGCGAUGAAGAGUAUGACGAGGGAAAUGAAGAUUAUCACGGCUAUGAAGGCUACGACGGAUACUAUCAGGGCGGAAACGACAGUUACUGGCCAGGUGAAGGCGACGGCGAUGAUCAACUCAACUAUGAUGACGCCGAAGCCGAACCAGCUGAGACCGCCGAUACACCUGAGGACCUUCCCGAACUCCCUGAUGACGUGAACACUGUCCCUGUUUUGAACGAGAAAGAGUUGAAGAAGGGGGCAAUCAUUGCUUUCCGACAACUCGAAAUGUCUAAGGAUACAAACUGGCAGCCCAGGAUGUCCGAGUACCGAGUGGCAGAAGUGAUAGAGUCUCCCAAUGAGGAGGGCACAAUCUCUGUACGACUGGCAAAGCGUGACCGACGACCGGCACCAGAGUUAUCAGAGGAUGACUACGACGAGCCCCGUCAAUAUGACAAGUUUGAAAUGCCAGGCUUUGAAGAUGACGAGGGGGAGGACGAUGGCCAUCGCGAGGUCUCAUUUUCAGAACUCAACUACCCAAAGCUCCUACAGGCUGCAGCACACUCUGGGGCCGAAUCUGGGAAUCAGAACAAUGCUCGAGAAGGCAGCAUUGUCUCUGUAGUAGCAGAAUCGGUGCCGAAUGCCCAAGUAACUCUGCCGCCUGACAUGGACGUUGACAUCGAUGUUGACGAAACCACCUUCGUCACCAUCGGCAACGAAGUCAGCCAUAUUCAAUCGCCUCGUCGAUCUCCUGGACUUCCCGUCGAGCCGCCCGCUAUGGAAACCCUUGACGAAGUGACCGUUCCCCAGAUCCAGGUCCAGAACGGAUCAGAUGAACGCGGCGUUACUCCUCCAAUCCCGUCUCCUUCUUUCACGGGCUUCCACUCUGCUCGAUCUUGGCAACCAGCGACCCCAGGGUUGACUGUCACGGCUGAAAAUGGCAAUCUCGAGGGCCAUACUCUUGUCGGAGGUGAAACGCCAUCUGCCCUAGCCAACCCAGAAGAAGAUCCUUCUUAUUUGUCUUUUUUGUCAGCCAAUCAGUCUUUCGCGGAUACCUCUAUGGAUCUGGAGCAAGAGCCUGAGUCUGAACAGGAGCAGGGGCAGGAGCAGGAUCGCCAGAUUGUCAAUGAUAACCCUAUGCCACCUGCUGAGUCUGGAGGGAGCGGCCCUCAAUCUGGAUCCCUUCUUUCUACUAUUGGCAUGAGUGGUGAUGGUGCGGGUGAUUCAUUGGUUGCGAUAAAAUCGACUGUGGGGGACCAUGAUGUUGGCCCGACUAGCUCUGCGCAGUCGUGGAAAGAUCUUCUGAAUAACUUAGGAAGAAGCCCGCUGAACUCAGAGGAAGAGGAUGUGAAUGAGGAGUAUGGAAGUGAUGAGGACGAAGAUGAAGACGAAAACAACAAUGAUGUAGUUGAGGAAGAUGAAGAGGAAGAGGAAGCGGAUGAAGAUAAAAAUGAAGACGGUCCAUCGCCCCAGGAAAACUAUGGAGCAGAUGGGAGUCACGAUCAAAUGCAGGAGGACGGUAUGGAGCCCUCCAACCUCGAGCUUCACCUCGGCUACGAAUCUCCAUCACCAUUACGCUCGAGCUCUCCCAAGCCACCACCGAGUGCCCAGAAGGAAGCUGAACAGAAACCAGAGCAAUCCCCUCCCUCUCUCCAAACAGAACCUCCAGCCGCCUCCACACGUCUGAAACUCUCCCAGCGAUCCCGUGGAUCUGGCUCGGCAUCCCAAAUCCCCGCCUCACAAAAGUCAGAAGUGAUCGAUCUUACCUCUAGCACCCAUGCAACCCCCGAGCCCGAGCACGAGCCCGAGAACUCUGGUGCACAGUCUCAAUCUCAGUCCCAGUCUCAGUCUCAGCGCUCCAGAUCCCUAGGUCAGAUGACCAGAGCUUCUACGGGAACGGGCCGACUGCAGCAGAUGACGGAAGUGAGCAUUAGCCCGUCUAGAAAGAAGCGACGGUCGUCACGGAAAUUCUAG